UAUUGUUUCGCAUUUCAUUUAGAAUGUAAAUUAAACUUGUGACAUGAAGAGAAUUUUCUCUACACUUUAACCAGACUAAUUACAUGAAAGUUGAAACACUCUAGUGCACACAUGCGGACAUCCUUUGGGUUCCGCUGUUCAUUUUGUUGUAUAAUUUUUUUUUCUAUUUCAUAUAUAUCUCCACAAAAUUCCCUUCCGUCCGAUCCUUAAUGCACGUUUAUUUCAUACAACAAAGUUGCUACUGAGAUUGGUUUUAGAAAUAAAUUUGAGUUUUAAGUAUCUUCUUGUUGUAUAAAACUUGCACAGAGCCCCCCUAUGUGCAUGAAACCUCCACUAAUUAACAGCGUUAAUUAUUAACAGAAAAAGGGAUGUUGCGUAAAGUAAAAAAAAGUAGAGGAGAUUUUUACACGAUAUAAUAAACAGAGAUUUGGUGUGUUUUCCUUAACAUAGAGGGUUAACUGUUGUCUACCACAGUCGUUUGUGUAAGCUAAAUAUGAACUGAAUUUAGAUAUUAUCAGUGUUGGAGCAUUUUGAUUUCUUAUCAGGAUUUCUGAAUCAGGUGAAUUUCUUAUAUGAGCUUUUCGAAGAAAUUCCAUGUCCCACCAUUUUCACUGUCAGGUAAAAGAACUGUUUUUCAUCUCAAAUGAGUUAACCAUAAAUAGAAGAGUCAAUUUUUAUUUGACCAACCAAAAAAAAAAAAAGCAAACCAGCCCCCGUGUAAGUAGGAUGAUAGCAAAAGCACCAUUGAGUCAAUUGCUAUUUUAGGUGAUUCCACAACUUGUUGGUUAAGCCUUGAAAUGAAUAACUGGCUUUAGAAUUAUAUACAGUCCAUUGACGGAUCCGAAAUAUAGGCCUCAAAAUACGGUAUAGCUUCUUCUUAUAUAUCUUCCUCACUACACAAUAACAAACUCAUCGGAAAGUAGAUUCGCUGCAAUGGCUCAACUUGAAAGGCCGAAAAGAUCUUAUGAGAGCCCUAAAACGCCUCGAUCUCAUACUUCACCAACUUUUGAGCAGCUCCUAAGAGUGGACGAGGCAUUCUGGUCACCAACCACCACAUCACCUGCUCCGGGAAUGAAUCAUGAUCAAGAAGGGUACCUCAGCCCUACACAUAACAAGAAGUCCGUGCUAACCAAGGUAAAGGAAAAAGCUAAGAAGUUAAGGUAUAGUCUUAGUGGCAGGAGGAAGCAUGAAAAUGAGCAGGGUGACGAUAACAAUACCCCUCCAUGGGGUGUUAGCUUGGAAGAUGAUAGUGACGAGGAUUACGAAAACGAUGAUGAUCCUGAGUAUCUUGGAGCUCCGAUGUACGAGUCUGAAGCAGCACCAGAGAUUUUGAAAGAGACAGCUAGGCAGCAUCCUCGAGCAGUGCCUGUGGUUUCCGAGAGUCACAGGGUGCCAAACAUGAACAAACACGAGCACGAAGAAAAAAAACCCGUCAGCCCAAACACGACCUUAUCUGAAAAACUGGUGCCGGCAUAUACGGCCAUGUCUGAUGCAACCCACAAAAUCGCUUCUAGGAUUGCCGGUCUUACUAUCGCAACUCCAGAUGCACAAAAGACGACAGGCGUUCAUGUUCUUUCCCAUGAUGAAAUGAUCGAGAAUUUGAAUUCGGGAAGUCUUAAGCAAUACAAUGCUGCAACGACAAGUCCUCAAACAUGGGAUAAAGGUGUUUCUGUGAAGGAGUAUUUCAUGAACAAGCUGGAGCCCGGAGAAGAUGAACGAGCACUUUCGCAGGCAAUAACAGAGGCUAUUAGUCCGAGGAAAAGUACUAGUGGAGAUACCGGUGGUGUGGUGGAGAAGGUGAAAGAUGCUGUCACUUCGUUUUUCCGGCAUGAAGAAGAAAAUCCCUCCGAUUCUGUGGUGAAGUCUGCAAGCUUAUCUUCUUCGAAUAAUCCGAGUCAUAUUCCAUAUAAUCGCAGCACUUCUCAAACCAUUUCUCGUUCUUCGAAAGCUUUCCACCCCUCCACUUCCAAGGCCAACUCCACACCUGUCACCCCACUCUCUUACCGUGCUCGUGAUGUUCUUGAUGAAGAAAAUCAUGGAAAGGUACUCCAGUCCAACUGAAGACUCGUUGACACGGUAAAGACUAAAGAAUCAGUUUCGAUUGAUUUUGGAUUGCUUUCGAUUUCGCCUUUAUACCCACUCUGGCAUCAUGUUGACACCUGCUAUAAAAUAGGAUUUAAUAGUGUGCUCUUAUAGAUUUUUUUUUUUAUUUUUUUUUCUAGUCGAACCCCGCCUUGUUUUGGCAGAGGAUUUCACAUAUUCUACCGGUUAGUUAAUCGUUAAAAAAAAGUGCAGAAGGCAAAAAUGCAGUAUCUAGUCUAUCUUCAUUGUCGUGUAAAUAUUUAUUUAUAAACAAAAAACCUGUUUUCUGCAAAACUUGAAUUGUUCCGAUAACUUUAUCAAUGUGUGUGUGUGUGUGUGUGUGUGUGAGAGAGAGAGAGAGAGAGAGAGAGAGAGAGAGAGAGAGAGAGAGAGAGAGAUUACAAACUUGCCAAUAUAAACACUUGCAAAAUAACUUCAUCCAUAAAAUAUACAGUUGAAUGAUCUCUGAAAUAUCAACACUGAGAAGCAAUAAA